CCUCAAAAACCUUUCCUGCUAUGUACCUUUCCAAAAGUUAUCAACCAAACCAUACCAACUCCCCCAAUAUGUCCGUCCACGAUCCCUCUUUGCAAGCGUCUUCUCGGCCGCGAGUAACUUUCUUUCACCUUUCUCGAGAGCUUCGCGACUAUUGCUACGACCUUGCCCUCACCACUCCAACCGGACCAACCCCCGUCAUCGCGUGGUCCGGUAUACGGCCUGAAAAUUCAGAGUCGCUAAGGCAAAAUCGGACUUCAAGAAGGAUCUGGAAACUGCCAGCCAAUUCAAAACUGCGACUUCUGAUGUGCAGAAUAUGACCCCAAAUCUACUUCGAUGUAACAGUAUCAUUGCACACGAAGCUGCAUCAAUAUUCUAUGGCAAGAACAAAUUCGUCUUUGCAGGCGACUGGACGUGGGAAACGGUAGCCACCUGGUUCGGAAACAUCGGCCCAAGGAAUCGUACAUUGGUAACCUCGAUCGAGUUGUGGCAGCAUCAACCUUCCCACGCGUGGCAGACGGCCAGUGGGGAACGCGUCAAGGUCGUUGAGUUUGACUGGGAGCCUUUGGAGCCACCUUUCCCACGAAACCGUCACCUGUAUCGCUCGCCAAACUCGACGUCUGAGGGUCUCGUUGAGAGUAUAAAUCCUGCCAUCGAAACGUUUUUCGAGCUCCUCGGCGACGAAAGGCUCUCGAAGCUAGUGCUUACUAUCUCGUUAAGUCGAAAACUUAUCCCUGGACUUGAAAUGGACCCUGAUGGAGAGGAAUCUCACAAUGACUGGUUCAGCAUGGACCUUCCAAAUAUUGUAGAGAAACUACGCACUAUCUACACGGCCGCUGGAGUGGAGGUGAUAUGGAAAGGCGAACUUUUGAGAGAACUGUUUCUCAAGAAGCGAGAGAAUAUCGAAGCGCGCUGGGAAAUUUUGGAUCUGGAGGAAUUCGACUACACUCAUACGCCGCGGAACAUUAAGUUCAAAGGACGGACAUGGCAUUUCAUGCGGUUCACACUGAGGAAUAAAGAACUUCCAGAGCCGUUGUUGGCUGAAGAGCCUUCCCCUUAUUCGGAUUGGGGGUAUUAUACAGGACAUGACCAAGACAAGGUGGACCGCAACCUCGCCUAUGGCAACGAAUCUUCCGCAGAGAAGUUCUCGACUACUGGCCAGUCCGCCACGAGAAAAACUAUAUUUUACCACUUUACGAUCAAGGGCAAGAUAUUCCGGUUCAUUGACACGCCUGGCAUUCUCGACACCGGUGGCCUCAAUCAGGACCGCCUGAACCUGAAAGACGUCUUCCAUGCUCUAAAAGACACUAACAAACUGAGCGCCGUUUUGUUUCUCUUGCACCCAAACGAGACCCGGAUGGAUGACAACUUCAAAUUCUGCAUCACGGAGCUACUCAUCCACUUACAUCGAGACGUCGCAAACAAUAUUAUUUUCGGCUUCACAAACGCCAACGGCACGAGUUUUACCCUUGGCGCCACCGCUGUUACUUUGGAUCAGAUGCUACGGGAGCUGCGGAACUCAAUAGCUCGUCGGCCGGAAAUCCAGUUCUUCUUUGACGCGGGAGGCUACAAGUUCCUGACCCACUACAAGAAGACAGGUGAAAUGUGGCUCUAUAAGAAGCAAUACGAUUUUAUGUGGGAAAUGUCGGUCAAGCAAUCUGACAACCUCAUGCUAGCCGUCAUCGGUUUCCACCUCACGACCUUCAAAAGACAUCUAAGGUUGAAUCAAGCCCGGGCCUUUUUAGAUGGCAUGGCAAAGCCCCUAACACAUUUCCUUGCUGUCAUGGAGAAGUCAAAGGGUGAUCUCGACAGGGCGAAGCAAGACCUGGAUGAGCUUGCCAAACUCAAAGUCAAAAUAACCGUUCCAGUUCGACACAACUUAUCGCGCAAGCAGACAGUUUGCUCUAACAAAGCCUGUAGCACUGUAUACCUAGAAAUGAACUCAAUCGGAGGCGUCUACAGCGACGGUAGCCUCGGCCACUACGAGAUUCGCAUCGAGAUGGCGCGGCGAGAGGGCAAACGCGUUGCAGCCGCUCAACUGGUGGAGCAGCGCAGGAUGUACGAGGCGAUGCUGAAAUCGCUGCGAGAGGCGGUCGAGAAAGGUACUGUUGAGUGUCCCAGUGAAGAGGCCGUGGAGACAGCUAUCAAGAAACUCGAAGACAUGCCUAUCUUUGGCAAGUCCCUAAGAGAGUGCAUCGAGGAAGAUCGAAUCGUGCUGGACGGGGAGAGGCAUGUGCACGUGUCGACUCCGCCGUCAAAGACGAGGGGCCGGGCUUUCUUUGACACAGUUACAUUGGGUUUAUUCUCUGAUGCAUAA